UUUCCUAACCUUUUCUUUACCCUAAACAAGUGGGUUUUUUGCAUAAACCCAACCAGACCGUAUCCAUAGCGUUGUCACAUCACAAAACAUAAUUAUUUUGUACUAUGACAAACAAACCGCACAAUGAAGAAACAACGCAUACAAAUCUCGCGAGAGUUUCCCUGAUGCAGUGGGUAACACAAGCAUCAGUAGCUAAAGUGCCUGUAAGCCCAUAAAUUUAGCUGUUUUUACAACUAUAAACUACUAUACGUUGUCAGAAUAUCCUGACUAAAACCAGCUCGCAAAGUUGUGUGGAGUUUCAGAUGAAAGAUGGAAGCUAACAGAAGAUAAAGCUCCAGUUUUCACUUUCUGGUCUUUGAUCGCUUCAAACUAACGUUACAGUCCUGCCCGGGGAUGGCAUCAGAGGAUGAAAUCAAUCUGCUGGUGAUCGUCGUGGAUGUAAAUCCGAUAUGGUGGGGACAGCAAGCUCAACGUGAGCCAGAGUUCACCCUGUCCAAGUGUAUGGAUGCAGUCAUGGUGAUGGGUAACUCCCACAUGGCCAUGACCAGGACAAACAAGCUGGCAGUCAUCGCCAGCCACUGUCAAGACAGUCAAUUUCUGUAUCCCAGUAAGAGCUGGAGAGGUGGAGACGGUGGGGAUGAGGCAUCCUCCAGUGGGGAUGGAAAGUAUGAACUCCUGUCAGUUGCCAAUAACCUUAUUGCUGAGGAGAUCAGGAACCUUAUAUCAAAAACUGAAGUGAGGGGAAAUUCGACAGAUACCUUGUUGGCUGGAUCCCUCGCCAAAGCUCUCUGCUAUAUUCACAGGGUCUCAAAGGACAUGGAGGUUGGAAAGGAGAUAAAAUCAAGAAUAUUGGUGAUAAAAGCAGCAGAGGACUGUGCCCUCCAAUACAUGAACUUCAUGAAUGUGAUUUUUGCGGCUCAGAAGCAGAACAUCCUGAUAGAUGCCUGCGUGUUGGAUUCAGACUCAGGUCUCCUGCAGCAGGCUUGUGAUAUAACAGGAGGAUUGUACCUGAAGAUACCUCAGAAGAUUGCCCUGGCACAAUAUCUUCUGUGGGUGUUCCUGCCUGAUUCUGAGCAGCGGUCACAGCUGGUGCUGCCGCCACCGGUGCACGUGGACUACAGAGCUGCGUGUUUCUGCCAUCGUAACCUCAUUGAAAUCGGUUAUGUCUGCUCAGUUUGUUUGUCAAUAUUCUGCAACUUCAGCCCCAUCUGUACAACUUGCGAGACUGCCUUCAAAAUCCAACUACCACAGAUGGUCAAGGCCAAAAAGAAGAAACUCAAGACAGCCACGUGAUUUCUGCAAAUUAGUUAUGAAUGAAGUUAUUUUUCUCUCUUUGUGUUACAGAUUUUACCAUUUUUGUUUGGCAGAGAUUUGUAACAAACCCCAUUUACAUCCUUUGAAGCAAUGGGGCCAAAUGAAAACAUUCACUGCCUUUUCAUGCUACUACUGAACUGAUGUCAUAUUUAUACCUGUUAAUCAGGUAUUUUGACUUUGUAGAGACGAUUGUAUCUUCCUGAGUAAUCUGAUCAAUGAGAAUAUGCAAAUAUUUUUAGCAUAUAAAUACAAACAUUUGGUCCAAGUUCAUAACAUGUGUUAACACGUCUUUAUUGAUGUGAUUGUGUUCAUAAUUAUAUUAAUUGGCACAUACUGAAAUUUAGCAGUGUAUGAUGUUGGGUAAAGAGGAGUUCCUGCUUUUGAAAAGAAAUAUUUUUGGCAUUUGUUGUGUACAUUUUUAUAAAAUAAAACUUUUUGAAAUGUG